UAACAACGGCGGAGGGGCGGGGCGGGGGACCGGGCCAUCAUGGCGGCCUCCAUGGAGGCCACGGACGUGGCGGCUCUCGCGGCUCGCCUGCGGGACGAGGCCGCCUCGCGCCUUGCGGACGCCGCCGCCAUCGCAACCGCCGCCGCCGGCGCGAGGGACCCGGGCGCAGCGGCCGCCGCGUGGAGGCCGCUGCUGGGCACACUCCGGUCUCUGACGGCCGCUUUCGUUCACCCGGCGAACAGGGAAGCGGCGGAGCCGGCGCUGUUCGACUGCCUUGGUCAGCUGCUGGGGGCCGUGACGGCGCCCGUCCGAGCGGGCGGCGCCGGCGCGGGGUCCGACCGGCCGGAGCUCGAGGUGGCCGGCGAGUGCUUCCGCUGCCUCCGCAACGCGUGCGUGCAGUGCCCCGCCAACCAGCGCCGUGUCCGGGAGGCCGGGCUGAUCACCGCUGUGGCACAGCUGCUGCUUGCGUUUCCACCGCCUCCGUCCGCCCCGGAUGAGCCGUACUUCACCGCGGCGCGCUGCUGCCUGCAGGUGCUCGGCAACGUCGCGGCCGGGAACACGGACACGCGGGAGGCGGUGUGGGCCGCCACCUACCCCCAGCUCUACCUGAAGUUCCUGCAGUGUGGCGACGCGAAGACGCUGGACUACAGCUGCAUGGCGCUGCACACGUGCGCGGGCCCCUCCCAGGUGGCGCGCCUAGCGUGCGACCCCCCGGGGGUGCUCAUCGCUCGCGCGCUGCUCGCGCUGUGCUCCCGCCCGCACCUGGAGUGGCCGCUGCUGAUGGUGACGGAGCGCUUCCUCAAGUCCUCGACUCUUCUGGCACAGCUGUACGAACACCUGGACCUCAAGCUGAGGCUGACGCUGCUGGACCUGCUCCUCGCGAGUCUGGCCGAGGAGUCCCCGUCGGCUUUUGCGGAGGCGACGACCCCCGCGCCGGCGCCGUUCCUCAUGCGGCUGGCCGACGAGCUGCGCACGACGGGGCCGGCGGUGCUGAGACUGGCGUCGCUCUGCGCCGAGGCCGCCGCUGGCGACGAGGAGGCCCUGCUCGUGGCGAGGACGCUGUCCGUGCUGUGCGAGGCGACCUCCGAAGCGCGCGGAGACUCGUGCCUGCGCGACCACCCCACCCUGCUCGCCGCGGCCGUCGACCUGCUCGGGGAGUGCCACCGCGUGGGCCGCGAGGGGCACAACGCCUUCAGCCUGGCCCAGGGCUCCGGCGGCCUCUCUCCAGCGGCGCACCCCGCGCACGGCCUCAAGCGCGACCUCGUGCGGCUCGUCGGCAACCUGUGUUUCGCUCACCGCAGCAACCAGGACCAGGUGCGCGAUCUGGAAGGCAUCCCCCUGAUCCUGGAGAGCACCAACAUCGACGACAACAAUCCCUUCAUCGCGCAGUGGGCCGUGCUGGCCGUGAGAAACCUGACCCAGGGGAACGUGGAGAACCAGGAGGCCAUCAGGAGGCUGGAGCGACGGGGCGCCGCCCAGAGCCCCCUCCUGGGAGCGCUCGGGGUCGGCGUGGAGGAGCGCGAAGGCCGUGUGUACUUGAAGGCCACCAGCAAGACCACGCCGCCUUCGUGAAGGCCUUGCACAGGACCCGUGGACCUUCGUGAAGGCAUUAAUAAGACAAGACCACGGGACCUUCAUUAAGGCCUUAAACAAGUCCACAGGACUUUCACGAGGGCCUUACACAGGACCACGGGACCAUAAUGAUGGCCUUAAACAAGAUCGCGUUACCAUCAUGAGGGCGUCAUGUGGCCGCAUGAUAAUUUUGCGAAGUUAAUUACAGAGGCUGGGGGGAGAACAGUGCAUACGCAAAACUCAUUUAAUAUAGCUAGGCGUGAGCUACGUGAUUGACUGCUUGAUCGAACUAGAUUAGAAUGGCUAAAUGUAAUUCACAGACUUUGACGUCUGCGUGUUUGGCAAGACCGGAUCUCUGCCGUGUACUGACCACCCCCCGCCUCCCACCUGGUUCGCGCGUUGUUCACGGAACACGAGAUUUUGAAAUCGCGCCUUUUUUUUGUGUUAGUAAACUAGUGGUGCUAGUAGUUAACAACGUGAGAUUUCACCGAAGGAGCGUGUAAGCAGUGCAGUGGUGGUGGUGGUGGUGAUGAUGAUGAUGAUGGGCCGGCAUGCCAUCGGUUGUAAACGUGCGAGCCGUUACCGGCGCGGCGCGCGUGUGGUUGGCACGGCGUGCGGCACGACCCCCACGGGUUGCGCGUCGGGGGCACGGUGAGCAGCGUUGCGUGCGGCGAGCACCGUCGGCGUUGUGCGAUGCGAGUCCGCCCCCCCCCCCACCGCGUGCGUGUAAAAGUGACGGGUGCUAACGUUGUCCUGUUGACGCAAAUUGCGGGACGCAAGGACGUCGCCCGUGGGGAAAGAGAGACGGGGGGGGGGGGGUCCUGCCGGUCUACCAGUCGUCGGAAACGGAGUCGCCCGCCACCCCCCACCGCCACAACCCUCCCCGGUUGUCCCGGGCUGGAAUCGCCCAUCUCUCCUCGUCUCCCGUUCCUACCGACCGGCAAAACACGUGAGCCUCGCAGUGAAAACAUCCACUCGUCUCGAUCUCUUUAAACAACAACAACAACAAAAAUCUUGCCACUUGCACGGGCGCGACCCGGAGCUAUAAUUGUACCGGGCCGCUGGAGCUGCGGAUGAAGUUGGGAGUGUUUUGCAUUUCUGCGCCGCGUGUUGAAUUUGGUGUCGUGCCCGCACUGUGUAACAUAACAGAGUCGAUGAUGGAAGUCGGCUAAACCAAGAUAAAUAUUUCAAUGCCACGUG